AUGAACGGUGUUAAGCGCAGGCACGAGGUAGAACCAACAGAGGGGCCUGAAGCAGGCGAUGGGCUAGAGGAGCAACAGCAACCCCGUGCUCAACGGCCGCGAUUCGCAGACGGACAAGACCGCCUUUCAAAAAGCCCAAACCUGCUGCCACAAGCUUUCAGUAAAAAUGCGACGCUUGUAUUGGUCGGAGUCCGCGGUUCUGGCAAAUCCACGCUCGCCGUGAUGGCGUCGUCGGCUUUGGGGAGAAGGGUUCUGGAUUUGGAAGUGCUCUUUCAGAAGAAAUACGGCAAGACAACUUCCCAAUUGAAGCAAGAUAUAAGCCCCGAGGAAUGCACAACACGACAAAUGGAUCUUGCGAGAGAUGUCUUGGAGCAAAAUAAAAAGGGAAAGAUCAUUGUAUCAUCGUGGAUGGACCGAGGCAUGCGGCUGCUGCUGGAGCACUUUUGCCAUCGGCAUCCUGUCGUCUUUAUUGCGAGGGAAAAGGAUGCCAUUCAACAGCAUCUCCAAAUCAGCGAUGAUGCAAAGGCCAAUACUCUGCUCUCCGUUUGCCGCGAAUUUUACGAGCAAUGCACCAAUCUUGAGUUCUUCAACAUGUCUGAAAGCAUCGCAACACCAGGCGAUAUAUCACAGACGGCCUUUAUGACUCUCAAGCGAACCGAGCGCCAUUGGCUUACAUUCCUGUCGCGAAUAUAUCCAUCCCAGAAUAUUCUUCACUUGUCUACUCUUUCACCAAUGACUGAAGCACCACUCUUCCGCCACCACACUUAUAUUGUAUGCUUAGAGCUGGAUAUGAUCCUCCAACAAGGUUCCUUUGUCGAGAAUUGUGACACAGGUGCCGAUGCUAUCCAGAUCAAUGUGCGGGAAGAAAGCAUGGAAAAUAUUUCAAAAGGCCUUGCGAUCGUAAGAAAGGGUACAGUGCUCCCCGUCGCUAUACACAUUGUCCUCCCCAAUCAGGCGGGUGGUCCAACAUUGGAAGCUUAUAGAAGUGCUGUAAUGAAAACCCUACGUCUGGCUCCUGAUAUGAUCACUCUUGAUUUCAGAUUGAGCUCAGAGUCACUAUCCGAAAUUGCUGGCUGUGGCAAUCAGACCAAGCUCAUUGGAUUUCGAGAAAGCCAGACGGAUAAAGAGCAUUGGGGCCAUGAUAUUUGGAUGCAGACUUAUAAACAGGCUGCGACCCUGAGAUUGGAUGCACUGCGACUUAUUCGUAAUAGUGACGGGAUGACGACAAGUAAUCAAUAUUCUGCAGCAGGGCUUCAGGAGAGACUAUUGAACUCUCCGGGGCCGGAUUUACCAGUUUCCGUUUACAAUACAGGCAAGGACGGCCGACCUUCAGCCUGUCGGAACAUCAUCAUGACACCAGUCGCUUCUAUGAAGGCAACCUUUAACCUUCAAGACUAUCCCGACAACCCGUACAUUACUGCCAAGGAUGCUACAAAAUCUCUAUUUGCUUCCUUUACGCUGGAGCCUAUGAAGUUAUAUGUGAUUGGUGCUAGUGUCAACUACAGCAUGUCUCCCAUCAUGCAUAACGCGGCGUUGGAUGCGUCUGGCAUCCCUCACCACUAUAGCCCAUUCUCUUGCCCAACACUGGAGCAUAUCAAGCACUUGAUUUCUGACAGAAACUUUGGCGGUGCAUCUAUUGGAUUGCCCUUUAAAGUGGAAGUCAUCAAACUCACCAGCUAUCUAGGCCGGCAUGCGCAGGCCAUCGGCGCAGUGAAUACUCUCAUCCCGAUACGGGAUAUUCAUCGAACAGCCGACAGCCCUGCCGAAUAUACUGAUAUUAUACUAGGUGCCAACAAAUCCGGCCCUGUGGCUGAACUAUACGGUGAUAAUACCGACUGGAUAGGCAUUCGAUCGUGCAUACAUCGCGGGCUGUCACCCGCAAACGCUGUUCGUCCCGGCACGUGUGGCGUGAUUAUUGGUGCAGGAGGCAUGGCCCGCGCAGCGACGUAUGCUAUGCUGCAAGUCGGCGUGAAGAAUAUCGUCGUCUAUAACAGGACUGUUGCGAAUGCCGAAAAGUUGGUGGACCACUUCGAGACACUUCUUGGCAGCGAUAUAGCUCCGGAUCUUGGGUUGAGGAACGACACGGGCCAGACGACGUUUCAUGUUUUACAAGAAUUGAAUGAUCCCUGGCCAGCCAAUAUGGCGCAUCCUACUAUUAUCAUAUCGUGCAUACCAACCCACACAAUUGGCGACGAACCUGCGCCGAAUUUCCGAGCGCCAGAGUCGUGGCUUCUGAAUCCCAAUGGCGGCGUAGUUGUAGAAUUGGGCUACAAGACACUCAACACACCACUACUCGAACAAGCCAGACAGGCAGCAUCACGGGGCUGGCUGACAAUGGACGGAUUGGAUUUGCUUCCCGAGCAGGGCUACGCGCAGUUUGAGCUGUUUACGGGGCGGAGGGCGCCGCGAGGCGUGAUGAGGGCUGAGCUGUUCAAGAGGUAUUGCAAUGAGCAAGGCGAGUCUGAUCUACCUGAAUUACGACAGAGGCUGCAACGCAUGACUGAUGCGAGUACAUGA